AUGGGGCGCGACUUCGAAAAUUUUCAAAAUUUAUGUGAAUCAGUGUUGCAGGACCUCAAGGUUUGAUUUCAUAAUUUUCUUAUUCCAUUACUUAGAGCACGAAUUGCACAUGGGAAGUGAUGUCCAGUCGAGCAGCAAAACUGGCCUGUCAAUUAAACAACACCGUGGUGUGCCUUAGUAACUUUGUCGACUGUCUACAGAUCCUCAGUGAUUCUUCUAAUUCUAUCAAUGGGGCUAGUCGAGACAUUGGAGCCGCCUUAACUCGGUUUUGUCUACGCCAAAGGACGCUUCAGUCUGACAUGAAACGUUUAUCGAAUAUUAUUUCUAACUUCUGCCCAACGCUAGAUCGGAAAGCUGCAGAGUGGAAGCAGCUGGUUGCUGAUUUGCAGAGAAGGAACCAUCGUAUUGUCAAAAAGAAGCGAAAUAAGAAAGACCACACGAGUAGCAUCACCGAAGAGCAAAAACAAUAUUGCACAGAACUCCUGUUCAGUCAGAGGCAGUUGUUCCUGGAAUUUUUGAACUUGAUAGUACCUAUAAUGGUGAGGGAGACGUUUUCUUCGUUAUUAUAGUUUUUAGAAAGGCGAGAUUGCUGUUCUGGACGAAGGUGUUCACAUCAAGGAAAUACAAGAGUCUGUAGAAAUGGAUAUUAUGAAUACGGACUCGGCCUUGAUUGUUAAAGCUGCCAUAGAAGACGGUUUGGCGGACGAUAAGACGUACCGUGGACGCAUGACGUCCCCGUCUAGGAGCACAUCUUCCAGUAAAGCCAGUUUUAGGCUGACUAAACCUCAUCCCAACUCUUCUCCUUCGAGCUCUGGCUCAACUUUUAAUUGGGGAGAUGUUGAUCAACGAGGUCUUUAUUCUUCAAAAGGUUCGUUGGGGAACAAAACAACGGAUGGAGCCCAGAAUCCGUUGUUUGGCAAACCUCCAUUUCCAUUGAAAAGUGGUCAUGAUGGUGAGAAAGUCAGGAAAUUUUUAUAAACUUCUUGCAGACGGUGGUCCCGAACUUCUUGUACCUGGGUUGGGGGUAUCUUCUGCGCUCUCGGUGUCUGCUAGUGAUAUAUCAAUUGGAGAAGACUACGCCUUUCAUCCUCCUGCGUCUAAUUGGUCAUCACUACACAGUGAGAACACCCCCGUUAGAAAGUAUAGUACCAAUUUAGAUUAUGAGGAAUCACUUAACAAGUUUAAUGCCGAUCUUUCGUCAUUAUGUAGUUUGAGUGGGAAUAGAACGAUGCGUUCAAAAUCUUCCCUGAACUCAAAUACCUCCUUUCGGCAACGUCCUCCAUCUAUUAGAAAUCCUCCACCCCCUCCAGAAAGACGGAACUCGGCCAUUACAGCAGCCACGCCUGACGCACCGUCGAUUGUCGACCUCCGCAAUGGAAUCUCUUCAGCUGCUCCUCCCCGAACAAAUAGUGAACUUUGUGGGUCUCAAAACAUUGCCAACACACCUUGGUCUCAAUUACAAAGUGAAAAUGAUAUUUACUCAAACACAUAA